UUUGUUUUUUUGGCUAUUUUCUUUUCUUUUCUUUUGUGCUGCUACUGCUACACAAAGAAGGGAGAGAUUCUCCGAUUAAUUUGUCGGAAAUUGGUGAUUGACGAUUGGUCAGAGGCAUAAAUUGAUCCAACGGCGAUGGUGGAGUCACAGAGUUGAACCAAACCAUCAUGGCCUUGUCAGCCGCCACCCGCUCCAAUCUCGCCGCCACCUCUUCUCAACCCUACUGCAAGUUGUGUUCUGUUAGAGUCAAUGGGAAGCAGAGUAGAGUAGCGUGUACAACCAGUGCGAAACGAAGAGGCGCUUCCUUGAGAAUCUGUAAAUCUGUCUUAAAUGACAGGAGGUCGAGUAUUAGUGGCAAUGGAGCGUCUGAACCUGCAAGGAUUCUCCUGGAAAGAUUGUUUGCGCAGACACAGAAGCUGGAAGAACAGAUGAGCAGAAAUUCUCGUCAUCCGCAGGAUGUCCAGCUCGGGUUCAAUCUUGAAACCCUGGAGGAUGACCUUCACGCGGCAUUGGCAGCAUUGAAGAAGAAGGAAGAAGAUUUGCAGGAUGCUGAAAGACUGGUUUUCCUGGAGCACCUUGAAUUGAACCGCACAAAGGAGGGGCUGGAGCGGCGGGAGAAAGAAACUGCUGCAGCUUGUUCUAGGUAUGAGAAAAUGGAGGACGAACUGAAGCGGGCUAAUCUGGACUUAGCUUCUCAAGCCAGCUAUAUAGAAGACAUAAAGCUUCAGCUUCGAGAGAGAGACCAGGAGGUUGCGGCUACGCAGUCAGCACUUUCUUUGAAAGAAGAGGAAUUGGAUAAAAUGAGAGAUGAAUUGUUGAAAAUGAGUGAAGAUGCUGCCAAGACUGACUCUGAACUUAGAUCUAAGGCUCAGUUGCUGAAUGAAGCCAAUGAAGUUGUCAAGAGACAAGAUGUGGAGAUUCAAGGACUCCGGAGAGCUAUACUAGAGAAAGAAGAAGAGUUGGAAGUUUCUCAGACGCAGAGGAAACUUGAAGAGGAGAAGCUAAAAGUUUCACAAGAAAACUUGGAGAAGCAGACAAUGGAGUGGUUAUUGGCACAGGAAGAGCUUAAGAAACUAGCGGAGGAAGUAUCUAGACAUGCUGGAAAAGCCAAUGAAACUUUAGAGGAUUUUAGAAGGGUGAAGAAUCUUCUCAUUGAUGUGAAGUCUGAGUUGGUUUCCUCCCAGAAAGCUCUUGCUUCCUCUAGACAGAAAAUGGAAGAACGAGAGGGUCUUCUGGAAAAUCAAUUGGAAGAACUUGAAGACCAGAAGAGAAGUGUUAUGUCUUACUUAACAACUCUGAAAGAUGCCCACAUAGAAGUAGAGAGUGAAAGAGCAAAGCUUAGGGUUGCAGAGGCUCAAAACAAGGAGCUUGAGAGGGAAUUGUCCAUGGAGAAGGAGCUUAUGGAAGAUUUAGAGGAGGUGUUGAAGAAAGAGAGAUACUCUCUGCAGCAGGCCAUCAAUGAGAUUUCUGCUCUCCAAAAGAAGCUGCACAAGAAAACUGCUGAAUUUGGGGAAAUGCGCGAUCUUCUUCAGGUUAAAGAGUCGGAAGUGGUGGAGGCUAAACUCGAAAUUCAGCAUUUAAAAUCUGAGCUGGCUACUCAUAAGCUCAUUUUGGAGGAAAAGGAUUUGGAACUUCUAAAUGCAAGGAAUAAGCUUGAGGAAGUCAACAAUGAAGUUGCAGAGCUGAAGAUGCUUUUGACUAGUAAAGAGGAGCAGCUUAUUCAAGCAACUGCCUUGCUCAAGGAGAAAGAUGAACAUGUACACACAAUGCAAGAUGAGUUGGAUGAUACAAAGCUGAAAUUUUCAGAAGCCGAAACUGUGGUAGAACGGAUAGCAGAGCUCACUGAUAAAUUGGUUAGAUCUAUCAAGGAUGAAGACUACUAUGCAUCCAAAUCAUUUGAUGACAUGGGCCAUGAGUUUCUGCACCAACUACUGGAGAAACCAACUGAUGAAUUGAGGUUGCAGAUCUUACAGCUCGAAACUGAGCUGGAAUCAGCUAGGGACAGCUUAAGAAGAAAAGAAAUGGAGGUCCUAGCAUCUCAGGGGGCUCUCACAAUGAAGGAUGAGGAGCUGAAGAUGGUUCUUGGAAGACUAGAAGCAAAAGAAGAAGAAGUAAAGAAGAUGAAAGAAGAGUUGGAAGAUGCUAAUGAUCUGAGAAAGCUAUAUGCUUUGGUUCAAGAGAGAUUAGGAGAGAAAAGUAUAGGAGAGUUGGCAAUAGAGAAGCUUCAACUCGAGGCAGCACAAUUGGAAGUUGAAGCUGCAACCAGCGCACUUCAGAAACUUGCAGAGUUGAGUGGGGAGUUUCUGAAUAAAGCUAGCCUGAGCAUUGAGGCUGAUGGUGAUACCAGUACAAGUUCCGUGGGGAAUGACAAAUGUUUAGUUGUGGUUACAACAGAAGUGGCUCGGAUUUCAGCUUUGACUGAUACGCUAGUGAAAGAGGCUGGCAUUGUUGUAACUGCAGGACCGGCAUGCCAAUAGAGCUAAUUCAAAGCAAGUGACCUAAUUUUAUGUAUAGAUUUCCAACUGAUCUAUCUUCUUAGAUUUGCUAGAGUCAUAGAUUUUGUUCUACUGUUGUAGCAUUAUUUCACCAUUUAAAUUUUUAUCCAGAUGAUGUAUAAGCCGUAUCUCUUCGUUCUUCGUUGUACAAUGCAGCUUAAGAGUGGUAUAAUGGUGUUUUGGGCCUUCUCCAAUUUUUUUUUUC